AUGAAUGGAAAACAACAAGUGACGAAGAAACCGUCGACAGAAGAAGAUCUAAGUUUUACGGUAGUUCCCGAUGUUGGAUUGAAACAUGCACAAAUGGAAUUUGUUCUCGGAAUGCCGAUUAAUCAAUGCAUCGCAAUGAUGCAGCAACAUCCGAGAAUGUUGACGAACGUCGAGUUGAAAUACAGCAAGAAGGAUCCAUGCUAUCGUGACAUCAUUAUCUAUAUCGGAUCGACUGGAAUCAAAUUGUAUUUCGAUGGACAUACUCAGCUAAUCAAAUUGAUUGAAGUUGAUAAUCUGUCAAAAAUCAAUUUGACUUAUAAUGACACAGUAUUCUCGGAUCCAUCUAAUAUGGCAACUUUGGAUCGAGUCAACGAGUUCUUCGGAUCGACUCAUCCGGGAUCUUACGAUGAUAAACACAAUAUCUAUGUUCAGAGUUGGCCGGGGUUAUCGUUCUGCUUCCCGACCGCCGCCGGGGAGAAUUCCAAUUUGGAAGUUAGACCGGGUUUCGGUGGAAAUCUUCGGUCGUUGAAGUAUGAUGCCAAUUCUCAGCCGAAACUUACUAAAAUGUCUAUUUAUCGUGGCCAGAAUCCGUCGGAGCCAGAACCAGUCGACACUCCAUUCUCGUGUUAUUGCGGGCAAAAUAGAACUCGGAAAAUUGAGGCGAUUUAUGAAAAUGAGACUAUAGUCGGACUUGAUAUUGAAUUUGAUACUCAAAACGGUCGAAUGGUCGAUGGAGAGUAUGAAGUAUCUAUGUACAAAAGGCAGAUCUAUUUCGGAGAUUCUGUCGCGGAUGUUCAAGCGAUUCUCGGAGCACCAACCAAGGUAUUCUACAAAUCUGACGACAAGAUGAAAAUCCAUCGUGGACUUCACAAGGAGACACUCUACGGUCCACCGAACUUCUUCUUCAAUUAUUUUGUGAUGGGAUUGGAUCCGGGCUUUGGUGGUGCCGGAGGAAUCAAUGGAGGAGUGGCUUUAAAUGUCUCGGUACUAACCAUAAAUGGGUCGAAUGGAGGUGACAAAGGGCCAUGA